GCGUUCAUGCCACAGGACGGUCUGAGCUGAUAUUUCUCAUCUUGUUCCAUUAUUGCUUUGCUUUUUAUCGCCAUCCUUCCUGAUCCUCUUAAAUACCCUCGUGUCGUCAAACGAGCUGCUGUGUCCCCUCCCAUCACAGUCUUUCUCUUGUGUAUCUUAGCUUGUUUUGUGGCUCACACUUCAUUUUCAAUUUUUUGGUGACCUUUGAUUUGGCAUCUCGGGCCUCAGCUCCAUCGCAUCCUAGCUCACUAAAAUCUUGCUCUCGACGUUAGCGAUGAGCCGCCAGCUUGCGGCUCUGCUCGCUGCGGCGGCUGUUCUGGCACCGGCCGGGGCUUCAGCAGUUCCUCCCCAAGACAUUCGCUACCGCGAUCUCCAGGAGUUCCCCCGGUCACUCGAGGGCCGAGCCACCGAUCAGUCGCCCAAGGGCUAUGCUCCCUCUGCCGUCGAUUGCCCCAGCGAUCGUCCCGAAAUCCGCAUCGGUUCAGAUCUCAGUCCUCAGGAGAAAGAGUGGCUGCCCCGGAGACGCAAUGCCACAGUUGAGCCCAUCCGCGAUUUUCUGAAGCGUGUUGCCAUCCCAGGCUUCAACAGCGACAGGUACCUGUCCAAUGUCGAAAAGGACCCAAAGGCUCUGCCCAACAUCGGCCUCGCAGUCUCGGGAGGCGGUUACCGUGCCAUGUUGAACGGAGCGGGAGCCAUUGCUGCAUGGGACUCUCGAUCGCCUGGGAGCAACGACACAGGCAACCUCGGUGGUCUGCUCCAGAGUGCAACCUACCUCUCCGGCCUGUCCGGGGGUGGCUGGCUGGUUGGCAGCAUCUUCACUAACAACUUCACCACCGUCCAGGGUGCUCUCAACUCGGGCACCAUCUGGCAGACACAAAAUUCCAUUCUCGAAGGCCCUGAGCAGUACAGCUUGCUUAGCUACUACAACGACAUCUUUGACGACGUCGACGCCAAGGACAAGGCCGGCUACGACCGCUCCAUCACGGAUUACUGGGGCCGCAUGCUUUCGUACCAGCUCGUCAAUGCCACCAACGGCGGCCCCGGCUUCACAUUCUCGUCCAUUGCCGACGACCCUGACUUCAAGAGCGCGAGAACGCCUCUCCCUUUUCUGGUCGCUGAUGGCCGUGCACCGGGCCAAACCAUCAUCUCCAACAACUCGACCGUGUUCGACAUCAACCCCUGGGAGAUGGGCUCGUCCGACCCAACGGUCAAUGGCUACGUGCCGCUCAAGUACGCCGGGUCCAGGUUCAUCAACGGCUCUCUGCCCAAGAAUGAGUCCUGCAUGGUUGGCUUCGACAAUGUUGGCUACAUCAUGGGCACGUCCAGCUCCCUCUUCAAUCAGAUCGUGCUGUACCUCCGGGACGACCGAAGCCAGUAUGUGCCCAAGGGAGUUCCCGACUUUGUCGUCAAGAUCCUGGCAGGCGUUCUGACGGUGCUCGGCAACGAAAACAACGACAUUGCCGACUGGACGCCCAACCCCUUCAGGGGCUGGAACCCAAAGAACAACCCUGGCGCCGGCAGUGAGCGGCUGACGCUGGUGGACGGCGGCGAGGAUCUGCAAAACGUCCCGUACCAUCCACACAUCUUGCAAGCGCGCAAGGUAGACGUCGUCUUCUCCGUCGACUCGUCGGCCGACACCGACAACGGCUGGCCGGACGGCGCGUCCAUCAUUGCCACCUACGAGCGAGCCAUUGACAAAAUCUCCAACGGCACGGGCUUUCCCUACGUGCCCGGCAAGAACACGUUCCUCAAUCUCGGCUUCAACACCAAGCCCGUCUUCUUCGGCUGCAACUCGACCAACGUGACGGGCGAGUCGCCGCUGAUUGUCUACCUGCCCAACUACCCCUACCAGUUCCACUCCAACAUCUCGACCUUCCAGAUGUCGACGGAGCUGGACGAGCGCGACGCCAUUGUCACCAACGGCUGGGACGUGGUCACGCAGGGCAACUCGACGCGCGACGCCAACUGGCCCGUGUGCGUGGGCUGCGCCAUGCUCGCGCGCAGCUUCGAGCGCACCCGGACCCCGGUGCCGGACGCCUGCAGCAAGUGCUUCCAGCAGUACUGCUGGAACGGCACGCUCGCGGAGCAGGCGCCGGGCGAGUACGACCCGACCUUCUUCAGCACGCCCAUUGAGAUUGAGAGCUUGGGCGCGAAAUCAGCCGGCGGGGCGACGCUGGUGACGGCGUUGGCGGCUGUGGUGUGUGCUGUUUUGCUCAUGUAAGGAGGGGAUCAUGGUGUAUUGAGCUUCUUUUGGCCAAAUUUUCCGCCAUUUUUCUCUUUACUUUUUCUUUCUCUGGAUUUUCCCUUCUCUGGCCUUGUGUCUGUUGGAUGGAUGGAUAAUACUUGGGUUUUGGAUAUUACUAGGAUAGGAUAGGAUAGGACGGGACAUCACUCGCGCAUAGCGAUGGCGUGUAUAGAAUUAUGACUUUUUUUCUUUACUUAAUUUCAUGUCGUGUGUCAUUUGAUUGUGAUGGAAUGUAUAUAUGGUCACUGGCCGUUGACGGACG